AUGUCGCGCCGGAAGCCUGCCUCUGAUGGCGCUCGUGCCUCCGACUCGGCCCCAGCAAGGCAGGCGGUUUUGAGCAGAUUUUUCCGAUCUGCGGGAAGCCUGAAGUCCUCUUCUUCCCCCAAGGUUGCGGCAGAGAACGCAGACCCUGACUCCACAGCGCCCCCAGCGCUCACUUACCUACCCGGGUUGCCGUCUCACGUGGAGACAGAAAUUGACAGAAGCAAAAAGAGAACACUGGAGAAUGAUGGACCUGCUAAAAAGAGGACAAAGAAAGUCAAAGAAAAAGGAGAAGGAAGCGAUUUGGUAAUUUCUGGGAUCUCUGAGCCAAAAAAAUGUCUGAGGACCAGAAUUGUUUUAAAGUCUUUGGAGAAAUUGAAAGAAUUCUGCUGUGAUUCUGCACUUCCUCAAAAUACAGUCCCGACAGAGACCCAUCAGGAGAGAUUUGCAGUUUUGCCAAAAUGUACUGAUUAUGAUGAUAUCAGUCUUCUCCGUGCAAAGAAUGCAGUUUCUUCUGAAGAUUCCAAAACACAAAUUCAUCGAACGUCUACAACUCUUUUUUGUUACCAGGGCAGAACACUAACUUCUGAUCCUAAAACAUCUAACAAACGGGCCAAAAGCAUCUACACUCCAUUAGAAUUACAGUACAUGGAAAUGAAGCAGCAGCAUAAGGAUGCAGUUUUGUGUGUGGAAUGUGGGUACAAGUAUAGAUUCUUUGGCGAUGAUGCAGAGACAGGUAUCAUAACAAGCAUACCUACUCAUAGGCUGUUUGUUCAUGUGCGCCGCCUUGUGGCAAAAGGAUAUAAGGUGGGAGUUGUGAAGCAAACGGAAACUGCUGCAUUAAAAGCCAUUGGGGACAACAAAAGUUCCGUCUUUUCCCGGAAAUUGACCGCUCUUUAUACAAAAUCUACUCUUAUUGGAGAAGAUGUGAAUCCCCUAAUCAAGCUGGAUGAUGCCAUCAAUGUUGAUGAGAUAAUGAAUGAUACUUCUUCCAAUUACCUGCUGUGUAUCUGUGAAAAUAAAGAAACUAUUAAGGACAAAAAAAAGGGAAACAUUUUUAUUGGCAUUGUGGGUGUACAGCCUGCCACCGGUGAGGUUGUGUUUGAUAGUUUCCAAGACUCUGCUACCCGUUCAGAACUGGAAACGCGGAUACUGGGCCUGCAGCCAGUGGAGCUGCUACUGCCAUCGCAUUUGUCAGAGCAAACGGAGGCCCUCAUCCUCCGAGUAACUGCUAUUAGUGUACGGGAUGACAGAAUUCGAGUUGAAAGGAUGGAUAACAUUAAUUUUGAAUACAGCCAUGCUUUCCAGGCAGUUACAGAUUUUUAUACAAAAGAUGUAGGUGACAUCAAAGAUGCUCAAAAUUUUGCAGGCAUCACAAACCUGGAGAAGCCUGUGAUUUGCUGUUUGUCUGCUGUAAUAAAACACCUCAAGGAAUUUAACCUGGAAAAAAUGUUCUCCAAGCCCAAGAAUUUUAAACAGUUGUCAAGUGAAAUGGAAUUUAUGACAAUUAAUGGAAAAACAUUAAGGAAUCUGGAAAUCCUACAGAACCAGGUCAGGGAAAUCAACGCUCGGCUUGAUGCUGUAUCUGAAGUUCUCCACGCAGAAUCUAGUGUUUUUGAUCAGAUAGAAAAUCAUCUACGUAAACUGCCAGACAUAGAGAGAGGACUCUGUAGCAUUUAUCACAAAAAAUGUUCUACCCAAGAGUUCUUCUUGAUUGUCAAGGCUCUAUAUCAGUUGACAUUGGAAUUUCAAGCAUUAAUACCUGCUGCUAAUUCUCAUAUUCGCUCAGACUUGCUCCAGACAUUUAUUGUAGAAAUCCCUGAACUCCUCAGCCCAGUGGAGCAUUAUGUGAAGAUACUUAAUGAACACGCUGCCAGACUCGGGGAUAAAACUGAAAUAUUCAAAGACCUCUCUGACUUCCCUUUAAUAAAAGAGAGGAAGGACGAAAUUCAAGAAAUUACUAACAAGAUCCAAAUACAUUUGCAAGAAAUACGAAGAAUAUUAAAAAAUCCUUCUGCACAAUAUGUGACAGUAUCAGGGCAGGAGUUUAUGAUUGAAAUAAAGAAUUCUGCUCUAUCUUGCAUACCAGCGGAUUGGGUUAAGGUUGGAAGCACAAAAGCCGUGAGCCGUUUUCACUCACCUUUUAUUGUAGACAAUUACCGACAUCUGAAUCAGCUCCGGGAGCAGCUAAUCCUUGACUGCAAUGCUGGAUGGCUAGACUUUCUAGAGAAUUUCAAUGAACAUUAUCACUCCUUGUGUAAAGCAGUUCAUCACCUAGCAACUGUAGACUGCAUUUUCUCCCUGGCCAAGGUCGCUAAGCAAGGAGAUUACUGCAGACCAACUCUACAAGAAGAAAGGAAAAUUGUAAUAAAAAAUGGCCGACACCCUGUGAUUGAUGUGCUGUUGGGAGAACAAUAUGUUCCCAAUAGUACAAAUCUUUCAGGGGACUCAGAGAGAGUCAUGAUAAUUACUGGACCGAACAUGGGUGGAAAGAGCUCCUACAUAAAACAAGUCGCAUUGAUUACGAUCAUGGCUCAGAUUGGCUCUUACGUUCCUGCCGAGGAAGCAACAAUUGGAAUUGUGGAUGGCAUUUUCACGAGGAUGGGCGCUGCAGACAAUAUAUAUAAAGGACAGAGUACCUUUAUGGAAGAACUGACCGACACAGCGGAAAUAAUUAAAAAAGCAACGUCACAGUCCUUGGUUAUCUUGGAUGAACUGGGAAGAGGGACAAGCACCCAUGAUGGAAUUGCCAUUGCUUAUGCCACACUUGAGCAUUUUAUUAGAGAUGUGAAAUCCUUGACCCUGUUUGUCACUCAUUAUCCAUCAGUUUGUGAACUAGAAAAAAGUUAUUCACAACAGGUGGGAAAUUAUCACAUGGGAUUCUUGGUCAGUGAAGUUGAAAGCAAACAGGACCCAGGCAAAGAAGAAGGACAAAUUCCCGACUUUGUCACUUUUCUUUAUCAAAUAACCAGAGGAAUUGCAGCAAGGAGUUAUGGACUCAAUGUGGCUAAACUAGCAGAUGUUCCUGGAGAAAUUUUGAAGACAGCAGCUCUCAAAUCAAAAGAUCUUGAAGGAUUAGUAAAUAUGAAAAGAAACAGGCUAAAAUAUUUUGCAAAGCUAUGGACAAUAAAUGAUGCAAAAGACCUCCAAAAGUGGACAAAUGAGUUUGCACUACAAGAAAUUGCAGACGUCUCUUCCUGA